AUGAACAAGACUGAGGAAGAUGUUGUAGAUAUCAUUGAGGAUUUGAGGAUAUUUGAUGCUCAAAGGAAUGUUGGAAAUAGGAACUACCACAACCAAGUGAACUAUGAUAAUUACAACCAAAAUAGUGGUUAUAGAAACCAUGGAAUCCAAGAGAUUUGUGGUAGCUAUAACAACCAUUGUUAUAAUGGUCAAAGUCAUGGCCAAGGAUAUGGAGAUUAUAACAAAGGUUAUGGUAACCAUAAUAACGAUUGUGGCCAAAAUCAAUGUAGAGGUAAUUGGAACAGUCAAAGUAGGGGAAAUCUUCAAUCGAAUGUUCAAAGAGUUACCACACUUGGAUUUAUUCCGAAUGCCCAAGGGCAAAGUGAUAAAUUUUAUGAUCAGCCAUUUUCCUCUAGGAGUUUCUUGGAAGAUGUCAUAGAGAAGCAAGCCAAAUUGUUGAACACCUACAUUACCCUAAGCAAUGAGAAAUUCAAUGACAUGUUAACUUACCAUAGGGGGUUGGAGACCCAAAUUUCUCAAUUGGCUAGUGAGUUUAAGGAAUUCACAAAUCUUCCUUCUUUGAAUUCACCAAUCUUAGAUCCUAAGAGCCCUACGAAUGCGAUUGUGACUAGGAGUGGUAGGGUCCGUAAGAGUGAAGACUCUAAGAAGAGUGAUGCUAAAGAGAGUCCUAGAAAGGUUCAAAUGGAGAAUGAGGGAAAUGAGAAUACUUUAGUUGAGGAAGUCAAUAAGGAACAAGUUGAGAAGGUGAAAGAGAGAGAAAGAGAAGUCUACAAGCCUAAGCUUCCUUACCCCAAAAAGUUUAAUAGGCACAAAUUAGACGAGCAAUAUGGGAAAUUUAUAGAGAUGCUUAGACAACUUCAUCUUACACUUCCUUUCACUGAUGUGAUAGAACAAAUGCCGAAUUAUGCAAAUUUCCUUAAGGAGAUCUUGAGUGGAAAGAGGACAUGUGAUGCGGUCAAAACAAUUAACUUGACCGAGAAUUGUAGUGCAAUCAUAAUGAACAAAAUCCCACCUAAGUUGAAGGAUCCCAAAAACUUUUUUAUCCCUUGUGCUAUUUAG